AUGGAUCAAUGGGACCGCACCUCUCAAUUAUUAAUUUCAGCAAUUGUCGGUGUCAGUCGAACAAUCGGUGGUCUUCCACUUGAACAUCCGCUCGAUACUAUUCGCACACGAUGGCAAGCGAAUCCAACACAGUCUCACAAUGUUCUUCAAGUGACUCGCGAAAUAUAUAUGUCAAAAGGUUUUCUCGGUUUUUACUCGGGUGCGAUUCCAAAUACGACUCGACGUGCUGUCAAACAAACAUAUCGUUGGCCAAUGAUGCUUUUUUUUCCUAAUUUCUAUCGAGAUCAUGUUCUAUCUGCUCGCAUUCAACAAAACUAUCCUCGUUUGCCAAAAAUUCUUACCGGACUUUCCAUAGCUAACUUCGAAAUUCUUGUUAUCAAUCCUCUUGAACGGCUUAAAGUCUGGCUUAUGACGAGUCCCACACGUCUUGGUCUGCUCGAAUUCUUUCGACAACGAACAGAUGGUCGAGAUAUCAUCCGAGAACUCUAUCGAGGUACAUCAGCCAUUUUCUUUCGUCAAAAUGUCUCCUGGGUUACUUUUCUAUAUACUGAUGAGUUGACCAAGACGAAAUUUCGCGAAUAUAAACAAUCACAAAAUUUGACUCCUAUCGAUCUAUUUGUAGCAGGAAUGCUUGUCGGAUUAGUCAAUACAGGUGCAAUGAUGCCAUUUGACUAUGUUAAAACACAAAAACAAAAAUUUUUUCAAAAUAACCAAUCGAUGGUGGAUAUUUUCAAGACAACCGUAAAACAAGAUGGAAUCGCUCGAUUUUACGUUGGAUGGAAAGUGUAUCUUGUUCAGUAUGCAAUUGUGGCUAUUUUGACGGUCAAUGUAUUGGAUAAAUUAGAACAAAAAUUUAAAAAAUCGACUACCAGUAAAUCCUAA